AUGAUUAACACAACAGACACGUCGGACACACCAGACACGUCGGACACGUCGGACACACCAGACACGUCGGACACACCAGACACGUCGGACACACCAGACACGUCGGACACACCAGACACGUCGGACACACCAGACACGCUGGACACACCAGACACGCCGGACACACCAGACACGCUGGACACACCAGACACGUCGGACACGCCGGACACGCCGGACACACCAGACACGCCGGACACGCCGGACACACCAGACACGCUGGACACACCAGACACGCUGGACACACCAGACACGUCGGACACACCAGACACGUCGGACACACCAGACACGUCGGACACACCAGACACGCUGGACACACCAGACACGUCGGACACACCAGACACGUCGGACACACCAGACACGUUGGACACACCAGACACGCUGGACACACCAGACACGUCGGACACACCAGACACGUCGGACACACCAGACACGCCGGACACACCAGACACGCCGGACACACCACACACGCUGGACACACCAGACACGCCGGACACACCAGACACGCCGGACACGUCGGACACACCAGACACGUCGGACACACCAGACACGCCGGACACACCAGACACGUCGGACACACCAGACACGUCGGACACACCAGACACGUCGGACACACCAGACACGUCGGACACACCAGACACGCUGGACACACCAGACACGCUGGACACACCAGACACGUCGGACACACCAGACACGCCGGACAAACCAGACACGCCGGACACACCAGACACGCCGGACACACCAGACACGUCGGACACGCCGGACACGCCGGACACACCAGACACACCGGACAUGCUGGACAUUCGGAACACAGCGGACACGCCUGACAUGCCAGAUUCGCCGGACACGCCGUACACACCGGACAAGCCGGACACACCAGACACGCUGGACACGUCGGACACACCAGACACGUCGGACACACCAGACACGCCGGACACACAACGGCGCUAUGGAACUAACAACCCGACCGAGAAUAGAAACUUCAAUCUGAAGUACAAAAACAAUAAUCAAUGUGUGAUGUAG